UAUAAUUUAUGCUAAAUAAUUUUUCUUUUUAAGGAAGUGUAGUGAAAGACUACUAAUAUUUUACAUUUACGUUUACAUUUUUAUUUAAUUAAUUUUCUUGUCCGGACGGAGCAACCCACCACCCCAUCGGCCACACCCAACUCCAUCGCUGUCCUGUUCUGCUCUGUCUGUCUGGGUCCCAAUCUCACCUUUGCCAAGAUGAUGACAGACGAUGAGCUUAUCACGAAGCUUGAAGAAACCACCAAGGACGCGCCGCGCCACCAGCUCGAUACUCUCCGCGCCAUUCUCGAACGCAACGCCGGCGUACGUUAUCUCCGCCGACACUAUCCUACGCCCGCCGCCGUCGACGCCGCUACUUUCCGGCGAUCCGUACCCCUAUCUUGCUACGAUGAUGACUAUGCCGAUCACAUCCUUCGAAUCGCCGACGGUAGUGAUGAUGAUCGGCCUUUACUCUCCGUUGACUCUUUGGUCUGUUUCUUCUACAGUUCCAGGAUGAGUUCCAUGAAGCCAAAAUUGAUCCCUUACUUUGAUUCUGCGCCAUCAAAAGCCAUCUCAUUUUUGGCUCACCAGGGCAGUGCCCUUUCCAAAGCAAUAAUCCUAACGCAUCCCGGUUUCUCUCCAUGUCUGCACUCUGAUUUAGUUGAUGGGAUUCAAGCACCCUAUGCUGCCGGUUUAGUUAGAGCAAUUUGCUUUUUGGAAUCUAAGUGGGAACAAUUAUGUCAGGAUCUUGAAUAUGGGUAUCCAAGUUCGGGGAUUUCUGAUGUUGCCAUGAGAGAUUCAGUUACUGAGGUUCUCUCUGAGCCUCAACCAGAACUGGCGAAGAGAUGUCGAUCAAUUUGUGAAGAAGAGGAUUGGGGAGGCAUUUUAAGUAAAUUAUGGCCAAAUGCGCGUUAUAUUAAGUGUGUUACCACGGGAAAUAUGGAGCAAUAUUAUUCAAAAAUUAAGUACUAUGGAGGAGAGUUACCGGUGUUAGGCGGAGACUACUUUGCUUCAGAAUGUUGUGUGGGUAUUAACUUGGAUAUUUCACAACCUCCAGAGCUAACCCAAUUUACUAUGCUACCAACCGCAGCCUAUUUUGAGUUUCUUCCAUUUGACAUGAACAAGACGAGUGCUCGUGAUGAAGAAACGGUUGAUCAUACUGGUGUCGAGGUGGGGAAGAUGUAUGAGGUGGUUGUGACUACUUAUAGAGGAUUGCAUCGAUAUCGUUUGGGUGAUAUUGUGAAGGUUGUUGGUUUCUAUAAUUCAUCCCCGCAAGUUGAGUUUGUGACGAGAGCUCCUAAAACUCCCAGUGAGGUCUUGACAGAAGGGGACUUGAUGUCUGCAAUCAAAAGUUUCCAACAAGUGCUAAGAAACGAAGCGAUGACAGAGGUGACAGAGUUUGCUGGUUUCUUGGAUUUGGAGUUGAACCCGAAGCAGUUAAAGGUUUUUGUAGAAGUGAGAGAGGGAUCUAUAUUUUUGCAGCUGGAGAAAUUAAAUGAGUCGGUUCUAGUUCUUAGAGGGUGCUGUUCCUAUCUUGAGGAUGGAUUUGGAGCAAUAUAUAAGCUAAUGAGGGAAAGGGGUGAAGUUGGUCCAAUGUUGUUAUACAUUGUAAAACCUGGUAGCUUUGACAAAAUUUUGCAAGUUGCUAUUGAAAACGGAGCACCGGCAAGUCAAUAUAAACCACCUAAAAUUAUAAGAAACCACAAAAUCGUUGAUUUAAUGGAAGAUUGUGCUGUUGUGACUGUAUGCUUGGAUUCUUUUGACGGUUAA